AUGGAGACCAGAAAUCGGCGUAUCUUCUCCCCUGCAACCGUGUUUAUCACAGUGCUAUUUGGAGCCGGCUGCAGGGAGCUGGUGAACCCCUGUUGCAAUCUGGUGACUCUCAUUGCCCACCUGAGGAAGAGGGGGUAGGUGCCCCCAGAUGCAACCAUUGCCCUCCUGGCUGAGGAUGGGCACCUGGUGAAUCUGGACAAGGGCCUGGUGGGGGCUCCCUGGGCCCCCUCCACAGGCAGCCCCCUGCUGCAGGAGCAUGGGACCUAUGUCCUUGUGCAGAUCAUCAAUGGGGAGGGUGGGGCUCCUACCUGCUAUGAGUCCCUAUUGGAGAACCUGGAUGACCGAUGUCCAGAGCUGGCAGAGGAGCUGCGCUGGCUGUCAGGCCUACCCCCCAUGGGCAACAAACAGCCAGAGGAGGUGCCUGGGGAACUGGCCUUGCUCCUGAUUGGCCCUCAUUCAAGGGCCCAGAGGUUGGGCUCCCUGCUGUCCAGGACCCGCUAG